GUAUGACCACAAGCAUAGUCCCACCUACUCGACACAGCAAAACUGGUUGGAAGCUAAAUUUACUGGUUUCUUUUUACAAAUACACGGUUUCUCUUCGGAUUGCUCAGAUUGAUCGUUGCAACAGUAACAGUAAACGUAUCAUCAAAUCGUCAAUGUUACUUUUUAAACAGCGUUCCCCCUUUUGCAUACGGAGGCACCCCUUCUCUUCACGUAAGAGUGCGACGAGAGCAUGAGAAUAUUGCAAGGACUUUCAUGGAAAAUGCAUUCCAUGUGUUCACUGUAAAAUUGUCCUUUCUAGAGUGGCAAGUAAAGACACUUUGACAUUGUCUCUGAGACUUUUACGGAUUCUCUAUAUUCUUUUAAUCAUCUCUUUUGAAAUGAUAUUGGUAUUUCAGUAUAUUUUGCAACUCAUUGUUUUGUGGUACUUUAUUGUUUAACCUUUAAUCUUUCAAAGUGGACCGCACCUCCACACGAUGGCCACUGAUAAACCAGACCCCUACAUCUUCAGCACAGAUACAUUACCCAAUGACCCCCGCUACCUACCUCCACUGGCCAAUGGGCUGCUUGGCUGGACAGUGUAUAACAAAAUCAUGCACAUGGGUGGAGUGUAUAAUGGCGAAGGUGGGGACUGUCACCGGGCAGAUGUUCCUUGCCCCCUUGCUUUGACGAUGGAGACAGAGGAGCAAAGCAGGCACACCUACACCCUUAACACCCGAACAGGUGUGUUCACACAUUCGUUAAGCACUGCUAGCAUCACUGCUUCACAGUCUUUCUAUGCUCAUCGGCACCAUACCAACCUGUUGGUCAUGGAGAUUUUGCUGGUGCGUCAGGAAGCCUCACAGGAAUCAGUCACGGUGAAGCUGAAAAGUUCAUACACACCUCACAGUAAAGACAUUAUCUUCCAGUCUGCACCAGACUAUAAAGGUGGGAGGCACAUCCAUGGACAGACCACCACUGCUGAGGUCCCUAAAGGCACAUGUACCAGUGUACACAUGAUAUGGACCCCUACGGUGCCCUCUCUGACCUUACAACCGGAGCAGAGUCAGUCUCGCUGGGGGUUCAUUGUAGCAUUGUCCAACAGUGCAGAGGGGGCCGAGGCACAUUAUGACAGAGGUCUGGAGAUGAUGGCAUUUGGGGACCUUCGUCCUUCCCACCAGCGGGCCUGGGAGGAGCUAUGGGCGGACAGCUUGGUGGAGCUAACUGGACCUGAUACACUUAGUAGAGCCCUGAUUGGCUGCAUGUUCUACCUAAUCAGUGCCUUCCCUUACCUACAUGAGGCCUCUAACUUUGGAGGGGUCAGUCCUGGAGGUCUGUCUAAUGGAGGGGAGGGGCAGGACUACUGGGGUCACGUGUUCUGGGACCAGGACACAUGGAUGUAUCCCAGUAUUGCUCUCUUCUACCCUAAGUUCGCCCGGGCUGUGCUGGAGUACAGGGUGAGCACAGUGGACGGGGCCAGAGACAAUGCAGAGAAGCAGGGAUACAAGAUGGUAUCCCAACAGGGACUCAAGUUCCCGUGGGAGAGUGCUGUGUCAGGAAGAGAGGUUUGUCCCGAGGACAUCUAUGGAAAACAGGAAAUCCAUAUCAAUGGAGAUAUCACCCUUGCUUUCCAACACUACCUUUACCUCACACAGGAUCUGUCCAUGUUCACUGAGGGCCGAGGCAGUGAGGUGAUUUGGGGGGUGGCAGAUUACUGGGUUUCUAGAGUAACCUGGAGCUCAGAAGAAGAGAACUAUCACAUCUUGGGUGUCAUGCCACCUGAUGAGUAUUACUACGAUGUCAACAACUCUGUGUACACUAACACAGUGGCCAAAUUCAGUCUCCAGUUUGCUGUGGAGUUGGCUGGUCUGCUCAACUACCCAGCGCCCCCAGAGUGGCAGCAGAUAGCUGACCAAAUCAAAAUUCCAUUUGACCCAGAAAUUAAAUAUCACCCUGAAUUUGAUGGCUAUAAGAAAGGUCACCCAGUGAAGCAGGCAGACACAGUGAUGUUGGGUUAUCCUCUGGGCCUGCCAAUGACUCCAGAAGUCAGAAGGAAUGACCUGGAGUUAUAUGAGGCUGUCACAGAUCCCCAUGGUCCUGCCAUGACAUGGAGUAUGUUUGCAGUAGGUUGGCUGGAGCUGGGAGAGGCUGAGAAAGCUCAACAAGAACUUCAGAAAUGCUUCAAAAAUAUCCAGGGCCCAUUCCAGGUAUGGAGUGAGUCAACAGAUGGUUCUGGUGCAGUAAACUUUCUCACAGGCAUGGGGGGAUUUCUGCAAGCUGUGCUGUUUGGCUAUACUGGCUUCAGAGUACAGAAGGAUUGUCUCGCCUUUGCCCCACUCCUGCCCAAUGACAUAUCUCAGCUUUGUUUAAGGGGUGUAAGUUACCUUGGUGCUAAGAUGGACUGGUUGGUUAGGGCACAGGAAGUGUGCAUUAUUCUGAGGGAACAGGAAGAUGCCAAACCCUGUCCUCUGCAGGUCAUUCUGAAAUCCUCAGGAACCAAAAUCCCUCUCAUACCAGGAAAACCAGUGACUUUUCCUCAAGAGGCGGGGGAAAUCUGUAGACUGGACUCAACGUUGUCUUGUGGGCCAAACUGAGGAAUGUACUGUAUUUAUACUGUGUUUAUUUGAUAGUAGGGAGUGUGCACUUAAAUGCGACAAAACCGCUGUAGUCCAUGUCUUCAUGUUUUUUUUAUACACUUUGAUACAAUCUACAUUAUAAAAACAGGAAUGCAUUUUAUUCCUAAUAUGAUACUAUAAUAAAUUGUGCUUGAAA